AUGCAGCCGAGUGACCGAUGGCGGGCGAUGCUGGAGAUCGGUGCGGCUCAGGCUGCAGGGCACGAGACCGACCCGCAGAUGCUGCAGAUUUCCUACCGCAAGCACGACCAAGAAGAGGUGGAGACCGAAAUUGUUUACGAGGACGCAGCCGAAGCAGGGGAGCAGCCGCGGCUCCUCGUCUCGCUGAAAUCUGUCAGCACAUUGAAGCUGCUCUGCGAGCAUGAGCAUGCCAGGUGCGACAAGGUGAGCAACAUGCUGGCAGAAUGUCGUUCAGCGUACUACAAAGAGCUCAGGUGGUUGAGGGAACAGCUCUACCUCGCUUAUGAAAGCGAAGAAGAUGCAGCAGCUCGCCGGAACCUCCUGACCCCCGACGACUUCGAGGUCUAUUGGUUUGAGCCGGAGAAGUUCCUCGAUGAGGAUACGAGGGACUUCCUCGUACGGUGCGUCCGUGAGACGAACAGGCGGCUGCUGGACGAGAACCGCCAACUGAAGUCCACGCUUCAGGAGAUGAACCUCUUUGAAAAAGCUUCUUUGCCGACGGUCUUGAAGAGGCUGAAGCUGAAGCAUGCUGCCGCCCAGAUCAUGGUCGAGCUCUAUAAUUUGCUCCGGACCCGAGCCGAAAUGAAAAAGUUCAAGGAAGCGGCCUGUGAUCUGAUUGGCAUGGCUAUGCCUCCGGUGGAGUCCCAGCCGGCGGCGACAGUGGCAGGUGUCACCGAGGCAGGAAGUCAGGAGGACAGCGCUGCGACUGGACCUGGGCUCACAGGAGCCGCUGUGGAUGCAGCUGGUCUUGAUGAGCUGGCGGAUCUCCGCAGCCAGGCGCAGCAGCAAGAGGCCGAGCUCCUGGAGCUUCGUUCGAAGCUUUCUGCGGCUAUCGACGCUCGCUUGGAGCAGGAGAAGGCUCAGCGCGCGGCGGAGGAGCGCGAGCGGGCCGAGGAGCGUGCGGGGCAACUCCAGCGCCGCGUCUCGGAGCUCGAGAGGGAAAGGGAGACCUUGGCUGCGGAGCUCCGCGAGACCCGAGAGUUAGAGCCAGAGCUGGAGCGAAUGAAAAACCGCAUGGUUCGCAGCGUACACAAGAUCAGUGAGAGCUUGCAGACACUGGGACCCGGCGGACCCGGAGACGACGAGAAUGGGCGGAGGGCGCUGUCCAUGGACGACCUGUGGGAUUUGGAGGACGAAACGGAUAGCGUCGCGGGCUCGUUCAGGGCCGCACUCUCCAGGUUGGACUCCUUGGUAGUCGCUCUUCCCUCUACUGUGCAAGACGUUGCCGUAGAGAUGCAGCAGCUGAAGCAGCGCUGUGAUGAGCUGGAAACCAACUCCAUGGCUCCAACUGCUGAUCCGGAGGAGCCGCUGUCGGUGGAGCCGGAGCACAGCCCUUCAGCCAGCGGCACUGGCACCCAUCGGACGCGACCAGACUCCGGGAGGACGGAGGGUUUCCUUGCGGCCGCGGCAUUUUCCUCUGGGGCGGGGACCGAGAUCACCGACUUGCGGGGAAGUCCGUUCAGCCCAUCGAGUCCAGCCAGUCCGUUGAGUUCGACUAGCGGGAGACGCCCACAGAAGUCCUGUGAGAUCGAGCCCUCAGAACUGUCGGAACAGGUCCGCGAUCUGGCGACGAAGUUGGAUCUUGCCAACGAGACGAUCCGGCUGCUCAAGGAGCAGCUGCUGAAGCUCAGACAGAAGCAUGGGUUACCGGAAGAGGGUCUUCUUGGUGAGAAGGGCUCUGAAGAGGUUCCUGACUUCUUGCUUCCCUACCAGCUGCUGGCCAAAAGGAAGUUGCCAAGAUGGCAGAUCCUGAGCCAGGAUGCCGAAUUGAAGCGAAAGAAACGGGAGUACCUCGAGAAGGCUGAGAACAGGACCGUCGGGAAGGAGGUCUUUGCGGCCUUCGACUUCCUUGUUACUGCCGCAGCCGCGCAGCCGCAAGCACCGCAGACAGGCUCCCGACUGCCAUCGCCAUCGCCCGCAGUCCGUCGCUUUUCGGCUUUGGAGCAGCUGAACACCAACAAGGUCGCGGUGGGCUCCAGAUUGCAAAGUCCGCCCCCACAGAGCCUCGGCGUCCCCAACACCCCGAGACUCCGAGUGGACCGAGUGGACCUGCCACCAUCCCGGUCCGCCUCGGCCUCCGCCUCCCCGGAGAGGAGUCUGCAAGAGCCAUCCCGGCAGCCGGGAGGCGCACCGCACGCAGCGCACGCAGCGCACCGGCCUCGGCGGCCGAGUGCCACCGUCUGCCCUUGCAGCGACGCAGAUUUUCAAGGCUACGCUUUCGGAUGCGUGCAGGGCAACGCAAUUUUCAGUGCCGCGAAUGUGGCCGGUUUCACAUCUCCCAAGGAGAGCAGCCAACUUCACCAACUUCGGAAUGCACCGAAAGGUACAGGUGCCUUUCUCAUGGAUUCCCCUGCAACACCUCACUUUCCACCCACUGGAGCCAAAACAGACACCAACUUCUAUCGCGCCCGUCCGACAAGCAACGACGCCAGACACACAACAAGUGCCGACGACAGGCGCCAUAGUUAUGUUCCCAGCACACGAUGGUCCACAAGAGACAAUCAGAGUCGUCCUGACGUGGUGCAGCCAAGCAUUUCACUUCCUCGCCUACACGGCCGAGUGACGACAAGCUUGACGCACAAGUCCCAGACCUGGACAUCCCUCAAAGACGUCUGGCUCGAUAUGGCAGGAGAGCGCCUUGCCAAUACCCGGCGAUCGAGUUCGAGGUCCACUGGCCCUACAGGCCCUACAGAUGGCCCAAAGGUGGCUGCCCCUUCGCGCAGCUUCCUGCCAGGAAGUGCACGCUUCCCACCAGGCGCUGUCAAAACACUACCGCUGCGGAGCGGCUGCUGA